AUGCUAUCUAAUAUCAAAGAGUCUGGACCUGGAUUCAAAUAUUUUCUGAAUACUCUUUGCCAAGACUGGGACAUGGAUAAUUAUCUUGAGGCAUUAAAAGAUUGCAAUUUGAAUAAGGCAACUAUAACAAGAAGUUUCAACAAGCAAUUACAGAGGAGAUGCAGAAUGUCUCGAAGGUCAAGUCAAUCUACCCAUGGAACUGCGUCUUCUCAUGGUUAUGGACUGCGUCUCCGCUGUUGGUUACGGCUAAUCCAUGGAACUGCGUCUUCUCAUGGUUAUGGACUGCGUCUCCGCCGUAGCCAGCUUACUGAAUCUAGGACAACAGGACGAAUCCACAAUUUUUGGUUGAAAUAUAAUAACGAUUUUACGAGACAUGAAAAGAUGAAGGUCAACAGUACAUUUUUAUCUUGCGAUGGAGUACAGAUUGGUUGCAUUGGCAAUAAUAUUCAAAUUCCAAGUAUUGAAGAAGAAACAUCAACAAUACCAACGAAAAGGGUGAGAUCGACCCCCUUUCCCUCUACGAACGUACAACGAACAUCCACUAUUCCUAAUUCUAAUGAUGUGAAAACUAAAGAGCCUGAAGCCGAUGAAGAAAUUAAAUUUGAUCUAGUGAACGUUUCAAUGGAACUAAAUCGCGAACCAACAGUUAAAUGGGAAGUUGGCAGUAUUGAUAUAACCGGUAGAUUUCGGAAAUAUCAGAAAGAUGUCUUCCAGAAGGCGGUGAGACAGGGUUUUAAAUAUGAGAAUGUUUACGAACUCUUAGCCUUAUCGUCAAUCAUGGUGCUCUGCUGGCCAUUUCCAUAUCCUAUGUUCACGAGUAAAGAAUGGAAAGAUAUAACGAAAACCAAUCCUUAUACCAUGAGCGAACCAUCACUUCCAGCGGAAAUUUCAUCUUCUCUUCGUGAUACAGCCAGUAAACAUUUGAUUGGUGGAGAUGUCUUUAUGGAACGUGGAAAGACAGAGUUGAAUAAGAUGGUUGCACUCAUGCUUAAUGAUUUGUAUUGUUGUAUUCCAGAUGUUGCUCCAUCGAAGUUGUUCGAGGAAGAGCACUGCAAUAUUUUUAUUUAUCCGAUUUCUCGUUCGUUUAAUAAAUCCGAAAAAGAUUACAAACUUAAAUUAAACCGUGCCAAUGCUAACUCAAAGAUAAGACCGGAUCUUAUUUAG